AUGGACAGAGUAUGGUCUGGUCUCACUCUUGAUUCAUCUUCUCUCGAUCUCAUAAACCCUAAUCGUUUCAACACCAAUCACCGCCGCUUCUCCAAUCCAUUGACCAUGUCUCGAGUUGGCGACGACGAUGAUCAGAAGACGAAAAUGUCCACAGCCGCCGGAAGCGAAUUUAGAUUUCCGGUGAGUCUCUCCGGUAUUCGUGAUGAUCAGGAAGAUGACGAUUUCUCGAGUGGCGCCGCCGGAGAUAACAACAACGACCGUGAAGUUCCCGGCGAAGUUGAUUUUUUCUCCGAUAUGAAAUCUAGGGUUUGUCGCGACGACGACGUUGACAACGACGCCGGAUUACGAGUUAAGAAAGAGGAACAACAAGAUGACCGAACCGACGUAAAUACCGGUUUGAAUCUUCGGACCACGGCUAAUACCGGGAGUGAUCAAUCAGUGAUCGAUGAUGGAGAAUCUUCAGAAAUGGAAGACAAGCGUGCCAAAAAUGAGUUGGUUAAGUUACAAGAUGAGCUGAAGAAAAUGACUACAGAGAAUCAAAAGCUUAAAGAAAUGCUUGCACAAGUGAGCAGCAAUUUUAACCCCAACUUCCCUGUUGAUUGGUUUUUUAGAGAUUUCAGUCAUCCAAGGUGCGAAGAAGGAGAAGAACGUGCACUCAAGCUAAUUGUACGUCCUAAGCCGGAGCGUUUAGUGAGUUUCCUAGUCAGUUGCUUCGCUUUGGAGAAGAGUUCUCUUUGGGGUUACAGGAUGUCUGCGUUUGAUGUAUCGACAGGCGGAGGUGCCCUAGCUGCGUUCCGAGCUGCUUACGAAGAUGACAUGGAGGACGAUCUCACGAUCGUAACCACAGAGAUCCCGCCCAGCUCCAAUGCUUUGCCGAAGCAAGUUGCUGCACCGACUGACAAUCUUCGUCCUUCUCGUGCCUCAAAGAGAAAAACUUCCACCGGUGAUCUCUUCUCCAAUGUCGAUCACUCCGAUGUGCUUGCCGAUCUCAACAAGAAAGCUUUUCCUCGAGAUGUGGAGAGCUUCGGCAAACUCGGCCAUGCUGCUGUCCUUGACGAGUCACAAGUUUACCUUCUCAAGGUGAUGUCUGCUUGCCAUUCUUCGAAGGUGGAGCUCGCCGCCGUCUCCAAGGAUAACAAGCGUCUCAACAACAUCCUCACCAAGGCGAAAGCGGACCUCGUCUCAGGGAAGGAGCGAUAUGACACUGACAUGGCUAAGAAAGAUGGAGAGAUUCUUUCACUGAAGACUGACCAUGAUCAGCAGAUAGCGGCUUUGAAAUCCGCAGAGAACAAGCUACGACUUGACCUUCGUCGCUCAGAGAAGAACGCACUUAAAGCAGCUAGCGCAGGAGCCAUCAAGAGGCAGUGGGCAAUGGUUAGAGACCUCAAGAUGGGUCAAGCUCAUACAUGGGACGUUCGUGCUGCAGAGGAGGCCUAUCGUGAGGUUUUGACAGCGGAAGCCAAAGCGGAAGGGAAGGUACCACCCGUUUUCUCUGCGACAUUUACUGACUUUGAGAACGAAGCUCCUACUGGUGGGAUACUUGGUGGUGAUACUUAUGGUGGUCUUCCCCUUGGUGGUGAUCAGUGA